AACAUAGAAUAUGAUAGAGGGGAGUGUAUAGAAGGAAGGUACGGCGCCAUUUGUAUUUUUAGAAUUGGAUGAAAAUUAGGCAUUUUGAUAAUGGCUGCGACUGAUGAAAUUUCUUCAGUGCUUGAGAAGAAACUUUCAGAUUUACGUGUAGUUGAUCUGCGCGCUGAAUUAGAGAAAAGAGGUCUUGAUAAAUCAGGUGUGAAAGCAGCAUUGGUUGAAAGAAUAUCAAAGGCAUUGCAGGAGGAAGGUCAUGACCCAGAGACUUACCUUUUUGAAGUGACUUCAGAAGGAAUCCCAGCUAAGAAAGUUACUCCUGCCAAACGGUCAGCUAGAAAACCGAAUGAAACAGGGGUUGAGAUUAAUCCUGAAGAACAAGAAGACAAUGGUGAAGAUGAUGAUAAACAAGCUUCUGAAAAUGAAAAAGAAAAUGCAGAUGCUGGUGAAGAUGCACUAGAGUUAUCUGUUGAAGAUGAAGAUAAAUUUGAGGAUGAAAACAGCAUGGAUGUAAAAUCCAGAGAAAUGACCACAGAAGUAGUUCAGGAGGAAGAAAGCAUAUCUAAAACAGAUGAGGAAGAAAUUCAAGCCCAGGGCAAUCAGAAAAGUAGCAGUGAAUCAAGCUCCAAAGAGGAUGCUUCUUCAAAAACGUCUGGAACCAAUGACAAUCUGCAGCUUUCUCAUCUAGGGCCAGAGACCACACCAGAAGUAAAACCUCUGACUGUUGAUAUCAUUUUGCUUAACAACACAGACCAUAAGUCUUCUGAUAAUGUAUCUUUGGCCAUCAGUGAAGACAACACAGAAAACAACUUGGAUGGCAAAGAAGAGUGCACAGUGAGCAAAUCGGGUAAUGUUCAGUUGCAGAACAGUAACCAAACUCUUUCAGGUGAUGAGACAAAAGUUGAUAAAACAAAGGUGGAGGAAGAAGAAGAGCCAGUAGCAUCUGAAGUAGUUUCUGUGGUUACAGCUGAAAAGGAAAAAGGAAGUGAGCAAGAAGAGACAUCUACUGAUGUUGAACCCAAGAAGAAUGUCCAUAAAGAGAGCAAGCCAGAAGAUGAUGGUGGGAAGGAGAAACAUGAAAAGGAGAUGAUGGAAAAGGAGACCACUGAAGAAACUAAAGGGAAAAUUGAUGCAAAGACAACCAAAGAAGGCAGUACAACAGGAAAAAGCACUACCACCUCUGCUGCUGCCAAGAGUGUUCCAGAUAAACAUGGAAAAACUAUAUCAAAAGAUGAUAAAGAACAUGUAAAACGUGUUCCAGUUAGCAGCAGGAACCUCUGGGUUAGUGGUUUGUCUGCAAGUACCAAAGCAACUGACCUUAAAUCUCUCUUCAGCAAAUAUGGGAAAGUUGUAGGAACAAAAAUUGUAACUAAUGCCAAGUCUCCAGGAUCAAGAUGCUAUGGAUUUGUUACUAUGGAAACCAGUGAAGUAGCAUCAAAAUGCAUACAGAAACUGCAUCAAACAGAAUUAAAUGGAAAAAUUAUAUCAGUUGAAAGGCCACGUAAUGAACAUGGAGCUGCUUUGAGAAGGACUGAAAAUAGAACCAGCACUGGAUCAGGGAAGAAGAAUACACAGAAAGAUAAGCCUUUAAGUCAGACAUCAACUGGUGCUGAUAGCAAGAAUGAGAAAGAUAAAGAAAAUAAAAAAAGUAAUGAUGCUGAAGGGAAGAAGAAAAAAGUAGAAGAGCAUAAAAAAGGUGAAACAAAAGGAGAAAGCAGCACUAAUGCUACUGAAAAGAAAGAAGGAGAUAAAGAGAAAGAAAAUUCAAAGGAAAAAAGAUCUAAGAGCCGUGGCUCUGAGCGUUCAAGAGCUGCUGCUAGCACUCAACCUGGUGGAUCAAGGAAUGUUGGAAACAAAAGAGGUCAAAGACCCAGAAGAACAAGGCUCCGAGGCGGACAGAAUCUGCUGACAUUCCAAAAAAUUAAGGAGGAAAGAUAUCGACAACGACAAAUACAGAAAGGAAGGGAAAUGAGAAUUGCAGAGCGGAGAGCAGAACGAAGGCGUAACCAAGAAUACUUAAGACUGAGAGAGAGUGAAAGGAGGCAGCGAGAAGAAGUCUUAAAAUUGAAAAGAGAAAGAGAACGCUUAAGACAUGAACGUGAAAGAUUAGAAAGAGAAAGAGCUGCUGUUUUGAAGCUUGAAAGGGAAAAGCACAAACUAGAAAGGGAACGGUUAGAGAUUGAGAAAGAAGAACUGAGAAGACGAAGACAACUGAAUGCUGUAGAUAUAGAAAGACGUGGGUCCAAGCGAUCAUAUGAGAGCCGAGAUUCAGACUCUUUCUGGGAAAGUCGAAAACGACCAUCUUUUUCCUCUGCAUAUGAAAGCAUUUCAUUUCUUGAUGGUGGAGUCAGACUUUAUAACGACAGUCCAACUAAAGGAUCGUUAGAACGUGAAACAUACAGUCGUGGAGGAGAUCGGUUUAGUAAGAGCAGGCAUGAUACUACACCUUCCAAAUCAGAAUUUGGAAGUCUGCAUAGAGAUACUAGGAGGGAUGAACUACCACUUGUGCGGGAGGAACGUAGGAGCAUCGACAGAACAGUUCGCUAUAUCCAUGGUGGAUCUCGAGACAAAGAGUUAAGAGGAAAAGACCAGCGAGAUGCACAGUCAAGGAGCCGUUCAGAUAGGUUUGUGGACUCUGGAAAAAGUGGCUCAUCAGGUGGGUUUGAUAGAAGUAGAUAUGGAGACAAACAAGGAGGAAGAGAUUCCUGGAGUGCUGGUAGAAUACAUACACCUGAUCAAUGGAGCAGGAUAGGAGUAGAGCAAAAUCGUUGGGUUGGAGGUAUGAUGAGUACUGCUGGGCAGCAGAUUUUAGCUCAGCCACCUAUCAUUCAUCCUCAGUCAAUUUCCAACAUGUUUGGCAAUAAUCCGGAUAUGGGAGGUGGGGGGUCAUUUGGUGGCAACCGUUACAUUAGCUCCAUGAGGAGAUUCUGAUUCCUGAAAUACAAAGAUGUUAAUUUGUUUCAUGUUAUUCACAGAGCCAUAAGUUUUUUUUUGGUUUUGUUUUUAUGUGUAGCAAACCUAUGUUUGGACUUCAUGGAUUACACUGCAUAAGUUACAUUUUAACUAUUAUUCAACUGUAUUAACAAUUUUACGUCAUACUUUUAAAAAGUUUCCUUGUUGGAUGUAUAAAGAUUAGUGAAAUGUUAAUUGUAUGUGUUAAAUAGCCAUGUAUGUAAAUUGAAAGCAUUUUGUAUCUUAAACAAUGUUUUGUAUGAAUCAUAAGCGUUAUGCAGAACGUGUAUGACAACAAUAAAAGUAUUGAUCAAACUUAAAA